AUGCCGUCAUUGGUCGGAUAUUCUUCCAGGUUGCCUUCGGAGUUUCUGCAGGGAAGCGGCCAAAUAGAGUGGGUCACCAGCUAUGACGUUCGUCCCCACUGGCCCAUAUUUAUAGGGCUAGUGAACGCAACAUCACUAUUUCGACUGCUUAUACCUCCCCCACACUCGGUACUGCAGGUGAACGGCUCACCAGUUGCUGAACCAGCACCUAGUCCACCGCCUACAACUGUACAGCCUCUGAAGAGAGGGUUUUCUGAAUGGGCGUCCAGUGUCGUCAAUGGUCUACCCACUGACGUCGCCAGUGGUAUCCUCCCCGCGUAUCAAGGCUUGCCUUCAUCAGACGAUAUAAAGGAACAACUUAAUAUAACGGAUGCGGACUUGGACAAUCUUCCUCAAAGACAAGGAUGGAAUGUUAGAAUUCACGGCGCAGCAUACAAAGACCCACCGGCGACAGAUGAACAGUUGGACGACAUCUCGAACGUCUUCAUCGCCGACUUGGAUGUCAGUCAAUUAAACGAUACUGAGAAGGCACAAUCACGCAACAUGAGCUCUCUUAUGAUUGCUAUUGGUACUCCGGAAGUGGCCCUCAACUUUUCUUUGACCAACCCGACAACUGGCAAUUCCCUCCUUAUCCAGUUCCCGAAUGUCACAGACGACAGAGGAGAGUUCGACCGGUUCAUCCAGCUGAAUGAGACUCAAGUUCCAAAUAAUAAUACGAGUGCUAAUAUCUUCGUAGGCGGAAACUCUACCAUGUGGUUCGUUCCUCCGGAGGGAGUCACCAUUCUAUCAGACAUAGACGAUAUUCUCCGUUUCACCCAGAUCUAUGUUCCGCAGAAUGGUCUCAACAACUCCUUUGCGCGACCAUUCGUCCCGUGGGCUGAUAUGCCAAGUGUCUAUGUUCAGUGGAAUCAAGCU